CCAAUUAUGCCCCACUCGUAUUUAUUUGGACAUCUCAUCACUCUGGGGAAAGUCUUGGCCAAGUAUCCUCGCGAUGUUGCCGGAUUCACCGUCCCCACCGUACUCAUGGAAGAGUUCCCCGAUGUCUGCAAGGCUGAACUCGUGUAUAUGGACGCGUGGCCCUUCUCUUCUCCUAUGCUGGCAGUCUUUCAUCCGGACAUGAUGGCGCAGUUCUGCCAGGACCCAUCCAUGCCCAAACACCCAAUGAUGCGGACCAUGUUCUCACCCAUGACCCAGGGAAAGGACCUGGUGACCCUGGAGAAUCCGGACUGGAAGGUCUGGUGGGCGAGGCUCAACCCUGGCUUCUCUGCAAGGAAUAUUGUAUCCCUCCUUUCCGACUUCAUCGAAGAGAUCCGGGUUUUCAGAGACGGCCUCAAUAAAAUGGCUGAAUCAGGAGAGACGUUCAGACUGGCGGAGAAGACAAUGAGGGCAACAGCCGAUGUCAUUGCCCGCGCAGUACUAGGGGCUCGCCUGCAAUCGCAAACCACCCACAGCCCACUCUACACCGCCCUCAAGAACCAGGUUUCUUGGAUGAUUGGAAGCCCAGUCAAACUCAUCCAAAAGUUUAACCCACUACGGACUUUUGUGACUUGGAACAACAACCGCAUCAUGAAUAACGAGGUGUUCCCGCAUAUUUACCGACAGCUCAAAGAGACGGAUACACCUAGCAUGACUAAGACGAUCAACAGCCUUGCCAUUCAAGCUUACAGGAAAGAGGUACUGGAGCAAGGACGAGUAUCCGACAAAAAGUUCCUCUCUGACGCGGUUGCGCACCUGAAGAUAUUCAUGCUUGCAGGGCAUGACACAACAUCUACCGUGCUUUGCUACAUUUAUUAUCAUCUCCACAGAAGCCCAUCUGUCUUGGCUGCGCUGCGGGCUGAGCGUGACGCCGUGCUAGGAGAAGACCCAGCUCGUGCAAGUGCAGUGAUUAGCUCAAACCCUGCAAUCCUCAACCAGCUUCCCUAUACCUCCGCUGUCAUCAAAGAAACUCUUCGUACACAGCCCCCCGUUGGAUCCGUCCGGUCAGGCUCUCCCCGCCUCCUCCUGACACAUCCAGAGACUGGCCAGAAAUACCCCACUGCUGGUUACAUGUUGUUAUCUGCCAUUCAUGCUCUGCAUCGCAACCCGGACUACUGGUCAAAUCCUCACAAAUUCGAUCCGCAGCGCUGGCUCACCAAAGAUUCCGUGCCAGUCAAGAACUCGUUUCGGCCGUUCGAACUGGGGCCCCGAAACUGUAUUGGGCAGGAGUUAGUACAGGUUGAACUAAAAACGAUCCUAGCGAUGACUAUUCGGGAGUUUGAUUUGACACCCAUAUAUGAUAAUACGGAAGUCUUUGGUGAGCCGGGAUAUAUGGCUGAUCUGCCAGGUGAGAUCACCUCGCACCCAAGAGAUGGCAUGCCAGUUAGGGUUGUAUUGACAAAACGCGGCGUCGAUUCUGUCAUCCCCUUGGCACGCAGUAACUAAAUCCACCACCAAAUCUGCUAAUCUAUGAUGGUCGGGUUGACCUGUGCGUUCGAAAAGCACAAAAGAACAAAUUUCGACGCAACACCUCCUAACCGUAACAAUGCGCGAGCUAAAAAUACUGCAGCGAAAGCUUCCAUAAGUUGAUUUAAUUGAAGAAGU